CACCAUCUGUCGUUCUUUCCUUUCGCUAGCAGUAAAACUAGACUUGCUGCGACGCUGAGCGUAGGCAGCGGUUGGUCAGAGGUUUUGGUUUGUUUGCUUUAGUCACGGCUCUGGGAGGUGCCUGGGGUUUUGUGGCUUCAUACGUGGUUGUUGAAGCUUGUAUGUGAAAUCUGUGAUGCUCCAGACGCAGAGAUUGUAUUGAGAUCUCUCUCGAUGAGCUUCUCCUAGUGCAACACUUGUGAAUGCGGUGGUACCUGGUGAGAUGUCGUGGAAACGCAGGAGCAUUACAAGAGCAGGUGGAGGUCUAUCUGGAUAAUGUAUCUGACUAUGUUUCUCAGUAGUGUAGGUUUCUCAAUUGUAAUUAUGUCUGUAUGGCCAUAUCUCCAAAAGAUUGAUCCGACAGCAGAUGCAAGUUUCUUGGGGUGGAUUAUAGCUUCGUACAGCAUUGGCCAAAUGGCUGCCUCUCCUCUGUUUGGUUUAUGGUCCAACUACAGACCAAGGAGAGAACCUCUUGUUAUUUCAACUGCAAUUUCAGUGGCUGCUAAUUGUCUUUAUGCCUAUGUUCACGUACCUCAUUCACACAACAAAUACUACAUGCUUACUGCACGUGCUCUUGUGGGAUUUGGAGCAGGAAACGUGGCUGUGGUUCGGUCAUACAUUGCGGGUGCCACUUCUCUUACAGAAAGAACAAGUGCCAUGGCCAAUACCAGUGCCUGCCAAGCAGUGGGCUUCAUAUUAGGACCAGUUUUCCAGACUUGUUUUACACUUAUUGGAGAGGAAGGAAUAACAUGGAAAUCAAUUCAUCUUCAGCUGAACAUGUAUACAGCACCAGUUCUAUUUGGUGCUCUUUUAGGAAUUAUUAAUAUUAUACUCAUCUUUGCUAUAUUCAGGGAGCACCGAGUGGAUGACAUGGGACGGCAGUGCAACAGUAUCAAUUGUGAAGGAGAAGAGACUGGUGUUCUGGAUCAGGAUGCAGAAGGAAACAUUGACCAUGUUGCUGUUGUAGCACUAAAUUUUCUUUUCUUUGUCAUCUUGUUUGUCUUUGCAGUCUUUGAAACCAUAGCUACUCCACUGACGAUGGAUAUGUAUUCCUGGACCAGGGAAAAGGCUGUUUUUUAUAAUGGAAUAAUCCUUAGUGCGAUUGGCGUUGAAUCAGUUAUUGUUUUCAUGGUGGUGAAAAUGCUGUCUAAAAAGACAGGUGAACGUGCCAUACUCCAUGGAGGCUUACUGAUUGUCUUAAUUGGAUUCUUUAUCUUACUGCCUUGGGGGAAAAAACUACCAAAUAUCCAGUGGCAAGCGAUAAAGAACAAUUCCAUUCCCCAAACAACCCCCACUGAAAUGGUGAUGCCUUUCUGGAAUUUGCAAGCAAUGCAGCUUCCAUCCAACCACUCUGAACCCGCAGGCUGCCCCAUCACGCAGUCGUGGUGCCUGAAUACUCCCAUGAUCUAUCUGGCUCAGUAUAUCAGCUCUGACAUACUAAUAGGAUUGGGCUAUCCAGUUUGUAACGUUAUGUCCUACACUUUAUACUCAAAAAUUCUAGGCCCAAAACCUCAGGGUGUCUACAUGGGAUGGUUAACUGCUUCUGGAAGUGGAGCACGCAUACUUGGACCGGUUUUUGUGAGCCAAAUAUACACUCACUUGGGACCACGCUGGGCAUUUAGCUUAAUAUGUGGAGUGGUUGUAGUCUCUCUGUUAGUCUUGGAAAUAGUAUACAAGAGACUUAUUGCAUUUUCUGUCAGAUUUGGAAGGAUGCAAGAAGAGAGGAGUUAAAUACAUAAGCAAUGAGAAUACAAAAACAAUUUUAAAAAUAACAAUCCAUUGCUACUUUUUAACGUGGAGUGCCUAACCACUGACCUUGUUGGAUGUGUGAUAAGAACUGUACAUAGGUACUGAUGCAUUGACAGAUUUCAAUUCAUCACAUCCUAGCACAUGGUUGUACCGCUGCAGUAGAGCUUUUUGUAUUCUGCUUUUCUAGCAGUAGAGGAAGGAUGUGAAUGAGUUGAAUCAAUACAAAGGCACAUUUGAAAUGCUCACAUGCACACCAAGUACAACAAUGAAGGUCACAGGUUAAGAAUGUCCCUUUCAGGAAGCAGUGUAUCUUGAUUCUGUGAAUCGGGAUUAGUAACUCUUCUAACUACGAGAUUAGUUAAGCUGCAAGCACUUUGUACAGAAAAAUCACUACGUAAAUUAUACUACUGGAUGCUGGUUUGCUAGCUUCUGAGCAUUGGUUCAUAUGAAAUGUCUUACUUGGAACUCUUUAUUGGCAAUGCAAGGACUUGAAGUGUGACAACUGUAGAGGAAACAGGUGCCUACUUCACAAAAAUAGGUGGGAUUUAGCUAUUUAAGUUGGUUAGGAGCCAUUGAAAAAUCCAUCUUGGUGACUUACUUGAACUAUAGUAAUUAAUACACUGUUUUGGUACUGUUGUGUUGAAUGCCUUUUUAUAGCAAGGGUAACCUGCACAGAGAAGAGUAUACAUAGCUUUUCAUAACCUUACUCUCUAAGAAGGAAUUACUAAGCAUAAUAGUGUACACUUCCAUUGUUGGCAAUGAAACUGUGCACUGUGCCACCACUGAGUGAUCAGUCUGAACUAAUGCUAAUUAAGGAAAAAGGAAGAAACUGAUGGUUCUUUAGAUGUUGACUAUUUUCUGUAGACUUAUUUUCUGAUGAUGUAGUGCAAGAAACAGGUUUACCUUUGAAUCAAUUAUUUUUACUUCAAAAAGUGAAUUAUUUUUCAUUCUUAACAGGGCCUAAGUUAAUCUGUAUGUGUUCACUUGCUGUUUCAGUCCUACUGGGGAAGAAAAACCUGAAAUAAAUGCAGUAAAUACAAGUUGUAGUAGGUAUGUUAAACAGCAGCUAUCUGAUGUUUUCUUACUAUAUUAAAUGUAAUAAAGUAAUCUUACUUAACUGCUAAAGCACUGAAUGACUACAGAAUUAAAAGAUGAUUAUUUCAAUA